UUCCAGAGGAUACCUACAGACGAGUGAAUGCCGUCUCUGAUGUGGAGCUUGUCGCUGUCCGACGCGCGAGUGGUGCUGAAAUUUGGAUGAUGCCUGGCCAGCGACUGCAAGACUGCCGCUCCCUGCACCUCAACGAGGACAACGGCCGCUUCGUUUUGCUCGCCAUCCUCAUUUUAGUGUACCUGCUGUGCGGCGCUGCGGUCUUCUCGGCUAUAGAGAGGCCCUCCGAGCUGCGGGCUCACGGGCGCUGGAACGGGACGCUCCUCAACUUCAGUGAGACCUUCAACAUAAGCCUGCAGGAGCUGAACUCCUUCCUGCGGGAGUACGAGGCUGCCAUCGCCGCCGGAAUCCGGGCUGACGCUCUGAGGCCAAGAUGGGAUUUUACAGGGGCUUUUUAUUUUGUUGGAACUGUGGUGUCGACUAUAGGUUUUGGGAUGACGACACCUGUGACAAUUGCAGGCAAAGUUUUCCUGAUCUUUUACGGGCUUCUGGGCUGUGCCGGAACCAUCCUUUUCUUUAACCUCUUCCUGGAGCGCAUCAUCACACUGCUGGCUGUGGUGAUGAAGGCUGUGAGGGAGAGGCGAAUCAGGAACAGCGGCCUACUCCCACCAGGCAUCCGCCAUGACUUCUCAGCCUACUCCCUGCCAGGAUGGAAGCCCUCGGUGUAUCACGUGAUGCUGAUACUUGGCCUGUCAGCCAUCACCAUCUCCUGCUGUGCAUCAGCCAUGUACACGCCCGUUGAGGGCUGGGCUUACUUAGACUCUCUCUACUUCUGCUUUGUCACCUUCAGCACCAUUGGCUUUGGGGACUUUGUCAGCAGCCAGAGCGCGGCUUACGAAUACCAAAGCCUUUACAGGGUGGCCAACUUCUUUUUCAUGCUAAUGGGUGUGUGCUGCAUCUACUCGCUAUUCAAUGUUAUUUCUAUUGUCAUCAAGCAGGUGCUCAAUUGGAUGCUGGAGAAAAUGAGCUGCCUGUUUUGCCAGCGCUGCAAUAACGCUAAUGCUUUCCUGGGCAGACGCAAUGCCAUCCGCCCGGGUUCCAAAAGUCGCCAGCGUCGGUUUGGUCAGCCGCCCGACUCAGACGGACCUUGUGACAGUGACACAGAGGGCCGCAGAUUAUCGGGGGAGAUGAUCUCCAUGAAAGACCUGGCAGCCUCUAGCAAAGUGUCGCUGGCCAUCAUGCAGAAGCAGCUGUCUGAGUCUGCCAACGGAUAUCCCAGGACAGUAUGCGGCAGCUCACGCCAUAAUGGUUUCUCUGGGGGGGUUGGUGCUCUGGGUAUCAUGAACAACAGACUGGCAGAGACAAGUAACUCCAGAUAGAAGGUGUGGGGGGCACUUUACACUCGUACUGUAAUAAGAACCCAGAAGUUGAUCGCCAUAUAAAAACACAACAAGUUUUGUCUAAGGUUUUUUUUUUUUCUCGAAAGAGAUUGCCAGUGUAAUAUCGACAUGCAUGAUACAUAUGAUUUUUUUAAAUACUUUUGGUUGGCCUGUGAUAAUACAGGUAUGAUAAUAAUGGUGAUGAUUUUAAUGAUGAUUUGGUGAUCAUGGUGGUGGUGAUGGCAUGAAGAGAGAAGCACAGAGUCAUCAAUAAUAAACAUGAACUGACCUGGAAGCAUGGGAACCAACAAUCGCCCAUUGACCUCAGUCCCAACCCAGAACAAACUGAGUCUCAGACAAAGUCUCUUAUAUAUCAGUGUUAUUCUGCAGAGGACACCGUCUGCUACACUCGCUCUAUACUAUCAGACUUAUACAACUUUAAUGACGUGCUGUAAAGCAGUCAAGGGAAACGUUCAGCACAGCAUUUACUGUUUGAGGUUUUGCCAGUUUAUUUAAAUGUGCGCACUGAAUGUUGAUGUAAAAGGAGCGUAAUCGCCGAAUGAUAUAGCACAUACUGAUCUAUGCAUUAUAUGUUUCUCAUGCAUUUUUUUGCACCAUUCCUUCGAUUGCGCAGAGCCCCACCCCCCACUUGUUUUUCUCAUCUAUCCUCAGGUGAUUGAUUUCAUUUUUGUUCCUCUUGCAUUGCUCAACAUGGAGAAAAAGAACAGAGUUGAAGAAUGAAAAUCCAUUUCUGGAAAGAAAAAAAAAAAGGAACUGGUCCUCUUAUCAGCUAAGAACAUGCUUCAGCGGCCAAAGACUUUGACUCAAAGGGUAAAAGAGGGCACCUUCCCAACUCCGUCUCUCUCCUCUCUUUUUUUUAAAGCUUACAGCUGUCUGCGAAGGGAAGUAAACGAUAAAGCUUUUCUAAUUGUUCGUCCACUGCAGCAUGCAGACAUGUAUUUGGAGAGCUGAAUAAAUAAGAAAAAGCUUUAUGGAUUUAUAAGGUAUGUAUAAGAAAGUGGAAGGAGUUUGACAAGCAAAUUAAUUGCAUGUGGCUUUAUUCCAUGGGCACAUUAUGUUAAAUGAUGCAGACUGAGCA